AUGCCGCCUCGAAUAAAUAUCCCGCCGGUUACACGCAUCCUUCUCAUCGCUCUACUAGGCCAGUCCCUCCUCAGCGCUGCCAUAAGAUAUCGGCAAUGGACUGCCAACGCCAACAUCGUCAUUCCCUACUUGACCCUGGUGCCGCAGCUGUCUAUUAUCUAUCCCUGGACGUUCAUAACAUCAACUUUUGUCGAGAGUAAUGUGUUUACGCUCGGUAUCGCUGCCGUAACGCUAUACCACGGAGGGCGAUAUCUCGAAAGAGCAUGGUCAUCGGCUGAGCUGGCCAAGUUUGUCGCUAUUGUGUCGCUGGUCCCAAACUUCCUGACACUCUGCAUUCUGGUGCUUUGCUUUACGCUCACACGCAAUGAGAACUGGACCCUGACUGUCAUUGCCGGAACCAUUCCCGUUCAAAUUGCUUUCCUCGUCGCUUUCAGCCAACUCGUCCCAGCGCAUACCGUAACCCUCUUCCGCGGUGUCAUAUCUCUCCGGGUUCCUCGAUUCCCUCUCAUCUACAUCGGCGCCGUUUUCUUUCUGUCUCUUACGCCCCUCCUUACCAGAGCUGCUCUAUGGCUUGCCAUUUUUGGAUUCCUGACCAGCUGGACCUAUCUCCGGUUCUACAAGACUGUGUUCCCUGACCUCGACUCGGCCCAAGACGCCUCCCUCCGCGGUGAUGCGAGCGAGACAUUUGCGUUUGCCGAGUUCUUCCCUGGCCCAGUGAAGCCAUUCGUCGCUGCCAUCGCCGAUCAGAUCUUCCUGGUGAUGGUUGCCAUGAGAUUGUGUACGCCAUUCACACCAGCAGACGCCUCUCGAAACGAUAGCCGGAUCCAACGCACUGCCCCUGGAGGCGCUCGCGCAGAGGCCGAGAGGAGGAGAGCUAUUGCUCUCAGGGCGCUAGAUCAGAGACUACAUGCUGCUACAAGCAAUCAGCCUGCUCAGAAGCCAGCGCAGGCAAACCGGCCGACAGGCCCAACAGUGCAAAGCCAGCCUCAGCCGGCUACACAGACUGCCAUGACAUCGUCACCCGGCCCCAUGCUUGGCGAGACCAAGUUCGAGCCUGAUCAUGACGAUGCGAAGAGCUAA